GCUUUGGUUAGCGAAAGGCGAAACAGAUAUUGCAAAUGCUGGCGUCUCUGUGCUAACGAGGCGACGAUUACUAAGCCGAACUUUCAGACAAACUUUGGUCGUUUUCAGGCGGAGUUCCUCUAUCUCUCUCCGUUGAUUCGUACACCCGGAGGUCGGAAUUGGGGGCAGUUGACAAUACAUUGAAUAUCGCUAGGCUGUUAGAGGAAGAGGGUCAUGAUCAAGGCUGCAUUUUCGUGCUGAUUUUCUGGCAGUUAGAAAGGAAAUCUUGUUAGUGCUACGGAAUUUGCGAGAUGGAGGACAAGCAUGAUGACAUAGAAGAUGUUGACACUGCUUCUAGUGAUUCUUUCAUUGAUGAUUCAGAUGAGGAUAAUAAACCUACAAUAUCUGAUGAGAAUAAUGAAUUACAUGUUGAGGCAAAUUUGACCGAAGAGGAAAUAGAAGAAUUAAUUGCUGAGCUCAUGGAGGUGGAGAGCAAGGCUGCAGAGGCCCAGGAGUCUUUGGAGGAUGAAUCAUUAAGAAAAGUGGAGGAUGACGUACGAGAAGAAUUAGCCCAGACACUUCAAGGAGAUGAUUUAGAAAAGUCUGUUGCUGCAGAAAUGGAAUCUUACAGAGAAGAAUGGGAAACUGUCCUUGAUGAGCUUGAGACAGAGAGUUCUCAUCUGCUGGAACAACUUGAUGGUGCUGGUAUUGAACUCCCUAGUCUUUAUAAGUGGAUUGAUAGUCAGGCCCCUAAUGUAUCCUCCACUGAAGCAUGGAAGAAAAGGACUCACUGGAUAGGAGCAAAGGCUACCAAUGAUGUUGCUGAAUUUGUUUCUGGUGCCGAAAAUUAUCUUAAGAUUCACAGACCUGUGACAAAGAAGCAUGGUAAAGUACUUGAGGAGGGAGCAAGUGGUUAUCUAGAAAAGAAACUAGCCGCUGAUACAGAUGCUUCUGUUCAAACAACCUCUGUGGAUUGGUCCUCCUUCAACAAGCUCCUGUCUGGACAUUCAUCGGAAGAUAGGGCUUCCUUUGGAAACAAGCUUUGGGCUUCUGUUUACUUAGCCAGCACUCCGCAGCAAGCUGCAGAAAUGGGGCUCGAUUUUCCUGGCAUGGAUGAGGUGGAGGAGAUUGGUGAUAUUGAGGGUGAUUCAAAUGAUCCCUUUAUGGAAGAUGCUGUGGCAAAUGAAAGAGAGCCUGUUCUUACUGAAGAACAGAAGAAAAAAUUUAGAAAGGUCAAGGAGGAAGAUGAUGCCAAUUUUGAUAAGAAGCUUCAACUUCGUUUAAAACAUAGGAGGAAAAGAAACAUUAACAAGCAGGAAGCCAUUUGGCGAGGAAGUUCCACUACUGACAGGUCGACUGAUGGUAGUUCAAAUGGUCAAAUGCAUCCUUCCUCAGGAGGUGAUGGUAAAGUAGCAUCUGGGAGUAGCGAAGAUGAUAGUCCCUACAUAAAGACAGUUGAUAAUUGCAGUGUUGAAUCUUUUGAUGGUCUCAACAAGAGUGCCCCACUUAGCAAUGGUACUGGUGACAUGGUCUCCAACAAUGGUGUCCCUGAUGAAUCUAGAGGAUCCAAGCGUGUCCAUGAUGAUGAUGGAUCAAAUAUUGGUGUUAAGAAGUCUCGGAUAGUUAUAAUUGAUAGUGAUGAUGAAAAUCAUGUUGCACCUGAUAAAGCAACAUCUCUUUGUCCUAUUCCUGAAAUGACGGGGCUGUCUGUACAUAAAAGUGAUGGGGAUGGGUCUAUUUAUUCUGAUCAUGAUCCACAAAAGACAGUGGAAGCUUUCCAUUGUACUUCUUGUGGUAUUGUGCCUGCAGAACUGCACUCACAUCCACUUCUGGGGGUAGUUAUAUGCCAAGAUUGCAAAUGUCAUGUUGAACAAAAGAUGCAUUCAAAGGAUCUUGAUUUUAUGGAGGGCUACUGUGCAUGGUGUGGAGGGACCCAGAAUUUACUUACUUGUAUUUCAUGCAAAACACUAUUUUGUGGCACAUGUAUAAAGAGGAACUUUGGUGAAGAACGCUUAUUACAAAUUCAACAAUCCAGUUGGAUAUGCUGCUGUUGCUCUCCAGACAUGCUUAAAAAAUUGACCUCACCAAUAGUCAAUGCUGUUCAAUCUAAAAGCUUAACCACAUCUAGCUCUGACAGCGACUCAGGAACUUCUGUUACAGAAAUAAAACUUCGUGCCAGCUCUAAAAGAAGAAGACGGAAAAAGAAAAUCCGGAGAAUACUUGAUGAUGCAGAGCUUGGAGAAGAGACAAAAAAGAAAAUUGCAAUUGAGAAGGAACGACAAGAACGUCUCAAGUCUCUUGAGGCACAGUUUUCUAGAAAAUCCAUUCCUGUGGAUUCCAAAAUCUUCAAUUGCAACUUUUCUGAAGAUUCUAGUGCCGAAGUUCUAGGUGAUGCUUCUACUGGUUACAUAGUGAAUGUUGUGAGGGAGAAAGGUGAAGAUGCUGUGAGGAUUCCUCCAAGCCUCUCCAGAAAAUUGAAACCCCACCAGAUUGCUGGAAUUCGGUUUAUGUGGGAGAAUAUAAUUCAGUCAGUUACAAAAGUAAAGUCUGGUGAUAAGGGACUUGGAUGCAUAUUAGCCCAUACCAUGGGCCUUGGCAAAACUUUUCAGGUUAUUGCUUUCCUUUAUACUGCUAUGAGAAGUGUGGAAUUGGGCCUAAGAACUGCUCUCAUAGUGACCCCAGUUAGUGUCCUCCAUAACUGGAGGAAAGAGUUUUUGAAGUGGGGACCUUCAGAGUUGAAGCCUCUGCGGAUCUUUAUGCUUGAAGAUGUGUCAAGAGAAAGGAGAGCUGAGUUGCUGGCCAAGUGGAGAAGAAAAGGUGGAAUAUUCUUGAUUAGUUAUGCUGCUUUCAGGAAUCUUUCACUUGGAAAGCAUGUUAAGGAUCGUCAAAUUGCCAGCAAUAUUUGUCUUGCCUUGCAGGAUGGACCCGAUAUACUUGUUUGUGAUGAGGCCCAUAUGAUCAAGAAUACAAGAGCUGAAACCACACAAGCAUUAAAGCAAUCAAAAUGCCAGAGAAGGAUUGCGUUGACUGGAUCACCACUGCAGAACAACCUUAUGGAAUAUUAUUGUAUGGUUGAUUUUGUAAGAGAAGGAUUUCUUGGCAGCAGCCAUGAAUUUAGGAACCGGUUUCAAAAUCCUAUAGAGAAUGGACAACAUACCAAUUCGACAUCUGAAGAUGUCAAAAUCAUGAAUCAAAGUUCUCAUAUACUUUAUGAGCAGUUAAAGGGUUUCGUCCAAAGAAUGGACAUGAACGUGAUGAAGGACGACUUGCCACCUAAAACUGUCUUUGUUAUAGCUGUGAAGCUUGCUCCUUUGCAGCGGAAAUUGUACAAGAGAUUUCUUGAUGUUCAUGGGUUCAGAAAUGUCCAGGUUGCUAGUGAAAAGUCACAAAAAAGAUCUUUCUUUGCCGGGUACCAGGCCUUAGCUCAGAUAUGGAAUCAUCCUGGGAUUUUGCAACUGAUGAAACAUAAUAGAGACUAUGGGAAGCCUGAAGAUGCUGUCGACAAUGUUCUUCAAUAUGAUAGCUUUUCUGAUGAGAAUAUGGACUGCAAUAUGGCUACAGAAAAGCAGACCACGAGAGAACUUCUGCAGGGGAAACAGGGCACAUCGUUUUUCCGUGAGAAUUGGUGGAAAGAUCUUCUUCAGGAAAAUACAUACAAGGAGAUUGGCUACAGUGGAAAGAUGGUUUUGCUACUUGAUAUAAUCACUAUGAGUUCUGAUGUGGGUGAUAAGAUAUUGGUAUUUAGCCAAAGCUUAUCAACGCUGGAUCUUGUUGAAUAUCAUCUUUCAAAGUUGGCUCGGAAUGGAAAAGCAGGGAAAUUCUGGAAGAAAAGAAAAGAUUGGUACAGGCUAGAUGGAAGAACAGAGGCCUUGGAAAGACAAAAACUGGUAGAGAAGUUCAAUGAUCCAUCAAAUAAAAGGGUUAAAUGCACUCUCAUAUCUACAAGAGCUGGAUCUCUUGGGAUUAACCUUUAUGCUGCCAAUCGAGUAGUAAUCGUAGAUGGUUCCUGGAAUCCAACAUAUGAUCUUCAGGCUAUUUAUCGUGCUUGGAGAUAUGGCCAAACAAAACCUGUAUUUGCUUACCGGCUAAUGGCACAUGGAACAAUGGAAGAGAAAAUCUACAAGCGACAGGUGACAAAAGAGGGACUUGCCGCAAGGGUGGUAGACAGGCAGCAAAUAUACCGGACUAUUUCUAAAGAAGAAAUGCUGCAUCUCUUUGACUUUGGUGAUGAUGAAAGUGCAGAGUGUUAUUCUGAGCAUGGCUUAGAAAAUGGAGACUCAGGGCUUCCCAAUGGAAAUGUUUCAUCAGACAAACUUAUGGAAACUCUACUCAGCAGGCAUUGCCCAAGGUGGGUUGUGAAUUAUCACGAGCAUGAAACACUUCUACAGGAGAACGAAGACGAAAAGCUUUCAAAAGAAGAGCAAGAUAUGGCCUGGGAAGUAUAUCGAAGACAUUUAGAAUGGGAGGAAGCUCGUAGACUGAAUCCCGAUAAUCCUGCCCCAAAUCCAUGGGAGGAAGUUAAGAGAGUUAAUCUCGAAAAUGCAAAACCACCUCCACCUGUAGUACCCGAAACUGUGGUCCCAGUUAAGUCGUGGCCAGUUCGUGACCGAUCAAGGGAUCGGAUUACAAGGAGGACAUGCACAGACACAGCUCAUUUUAUGACGCUCCGAGUUUAUCGUACACAACCUGGAGGUCGUGCUGUAUGUGGUGAGUGCGCCAAAUUUAUAUCUUGGGAGGAUUUUGAUAGGGACAAAAAGAAACUGAGCUCAUAGAGGAUGGUGUCAUCUUAAAAAAAACGGCCACUUUUUAACUUAUGUUAAUUAUGCAUCAUUUGUGUUCUUUUUAUUAAAUGAACCAAAUAUUCAACUUUUCAUGUACUGGUAAUCUUGCCUUGAAUUUUUCAUUUUUCUAUCAUUAUACUUAGGACAUUACUUUAUGAAAGGAGAACCUCUUUUUAUGCCAUUGAAAUUAUUAAUAGUCAU